AUGAGAAAAUUAGUCUGGUCCCUAGCUAUGCUGGGAUUGAUAUCCCUGUCUCUAGGUCACAAUAGUCCCUGGGAAUCGCAGACACAGACUCCGGUAAAGAAGGUGCCAGUUCUUGUUCCUGUUCCCGUUCCUGUUUACCCGAAAGACGGUGGUGGUGGAGGAGGAGGUGGUGGAGGCGGAGGAAGCGGAAGUGGUGGCGGUGGAGGUGGCGGCGGUGGAUCCGGAAGUGGUGGUGGCGGCGGCGGCGGAGGAGGAGGCGGCGGCGACGGUCUCACUUGCCCGCGACCCUCUCCUGAAGCUCUGCGGUGCCUCCGGGAAUGGGCCUGUCAGUACGUCAUCCGCCUGGAUCUGCGCUGCCUGCUGAAUUUAAACGGCAACCCAUUGCUGGGCAAUCUCAUUUCCAUACCCGGCAUCACCGGAGGCGGCAGCAGCGGCGGCGGCGGUGGCAUCUUGGGCGGUCUGCUGGGUGGCAAAUAG